ACCGCAAUGGCCCUCGCCGACUCCUAGAGCGCAUGCGCAGCAGCCCUUCUCGUACUCCGGGCUCGAUUAGUCUGGCUGUUGGGCGGUGCGCGGCAGCUACGCCGUCCGUUGCCUCGCGAGAGCGCCGGUGCCGCCGCCGCAGCAGCGAUUGCUCCCGCCUGUCGCAGCGGGCGGACGCCAUGGCGGCGCGCGGGGCCUCGCGCCUGGCCUGGUGCCUCCGCCGGGUCGGGGCCAGCGGUGACUGGCUCCUGCUGGAGGCCGGCACGCAGGUCACUAUAGGCCGAGGAUUAGAUCUCACGUACCAGCUGGUGUCAAAAACCUGUCCCUUGAUGAUCUCUCGUAAGCAUUGUGUUUUCCAGCAAAAUGCGGAAGGCCAAUGGACUGUCAAGGAUAACAAGAGUCUAAAUGGAGUCUGGCUUAACAAACAGCGCCUGGAUCCCUCAAAAGCCUAUCCUAUCGCUGAAGGAGACCAUAUCCAGUUGGGAGUGCCUUUGGAAAACAAAGAGACUGCUGAAUACGAGUAUGAAGUAAUUAAAGAGGAAUGGGAGAAAAUCAGACCCUUUUUAGCCCAAAGGAAUGACCUGGGGAAAGCUAGAAGUUCAAGAACUAAACGUAAAUUUAGUUUGGAGGAAUUGGAGACACCUGAAUCAGAAGGCCCUUCAAACUCCAGAUCCAAAAGAGACCGAGUGUCCUGUGAAAACGAACCUUUGGGUAAAUCAUGGGGAAGGGCAGAAGAGGCCAGACAGUUAACAGAGAAGAUGGACGUCAAGCUGCCUUCCCCUGGACCAAGCGAGGAGGAUGGCGGUCCAGUGCGUAGUAGCUCUGUCCACUCCGAGAAAGCCCUGUCUGACCCCCAUAAAGACCAGAAAGUCUCUGGUCUUGCACAGUCAUGGACUGGCUUGGAAAUGCUGAGGAAAACUCUAGUAGAUAUAAUGAAGUUAAAGGUCAAAGUGCAGGAGAAGCAGAGAGCAGUUCUGAAUGUGAAGCAGAAGCGCAGGAAGUGCGCUCAGAAGGAGAUCCAGGCAAUGGAGCAGGAGCUGCAGGAGUUGCAGGACCAGCUAUGCAUGGAACAAGAGCAUCAUCAGCAGCAGGUGGAAGAGCUGGAGAGGACAUUCUCUAAAGAGCAGCAGAAGCUAGAGGGUGGAAAGUGGCAACAUGGGGAAGAGAAUCUGAAGGAGCAACUGGCCCAGGUCCUGCAAGAGCAUCAUGCUUUGAUGGAAGAACUGAGCCGUAGUAAAAAAGAUUUUGAGGAAAUAAUUCGAGCCAAGAAUAAAGAACUGGAAGAAACCAAGGAGGAAAAGGAAAAGGUGAGAGCCCAAAAAGAAGAGGUGUUGAAUCAGAUGAAUGAUGUGUUGGAGAAUGAGUUGCAGUGCACGAUCUGUUCUGAGCACUUCAUCGAGGCGGUCACUCUGAACUGUGCGCACAGCUUCUGCUCCUACUGUAUCAACGAGUGGACGAAACGUAAAGUGGAGUGCCCUAUCUGCAGGCAAGAGAUCAAAUCCAAAACACGCUCUCUGGUGCUGGAUAACUGCAUUGACAGGAUGGUAGAAAAGCUGGAUGUGGAAAUGAAAGAGCAUCGCCUGACCCUUAUCAGAGAGCGGAAAGAGAAACAGAAUGUGUUGGUGAAACCAGCCACAGACAAUGACAGAAGUGUCAUUUCUUCCAUCUACUCCAUCUUGUCAAUGAGCAGUUGUGACAGUGAAGACUCUGAGGGUGAUUCUUACUACCAUGAACGCUACUACAUUAUCUAAACACUGUCACUGGGGACUCGUUUGCCUGUGUGCUGCCCGGAACCAGGCUAAUGGUGUUUGGUUGACUACUGCUGGAUGAGUGGACUGGACAUCUAGAAGGAUAGACUCUUUGAAGAGGUUGGAGCUGAGAACUAGCAGCAUUUGGAAGAAGGACCUUAUUUUUUAAAUUAACGUACAGAAGCUUGAUCUCCAGAACGAAAUUGGGAUUGUGAGAGAGCAAGCUGCUGUUAUCCUAGAUGGUUGACAUACAAAACCUAGGCUUCCAUGAUCGCUUGUGACCUAUUUGGUGUAAUGUAAUAGUUUGUAUGCAUCACUGCCCUUUCCUUAGUGAAUGACAUGUUUAAAUGUGUACAUCAGCUUCCCUUAUUUCAGGCAGCAGAGGGAAUGGCCUGAGCUAUUUGAGAACUUGGCCAUCCCCAGCAGCAGGCAGGAGUGGUAUAUCAGGAGCAAGUGCCAACGUGGGUUUUCCUCUUGAAUUUCAUAUGGCAGCUAGAGUCGUCCCAGGCCUCUGGCAGUAAAGGUAACAAAGGGCGGGUUAUGGACCCUGGCAGCCUUAAGUGCUUACGUGCAUUGUAAGCUGAGCUGCUGGCCAUCCGAUUGCUCUGUUGAUGUUACUCGUUUUCUGUUAGAUAGGGAUGGAGAAGAUUAAAUCUUCCAGAAUUCCUUAGCUGGUGAUCUUUUCCUGUAGUAUCUUUGGUUGGUUCCCUCUUCAGGCUUUUGCAUAAAGGGCUUUAGAAUUGGGAACCAGCACAUCCAGAAGUUACUAGCAAUGACUUCAGAAACAGAUAUAGCUCUUGUCAGCAGCAGAGAGGAGCCUCUGCCUCUUCAGAAGUGCUGCCAUCUGAAUUAGUGCAGUGCCCUGUUGGCAGGGUAGGAAAGCAGCAUCCGUAGGCAACUACAAGGCACCAAAGAAAGCGUUUAGUUUUAUUGUUUACAAAACACUGCUGUGAGCUGUGGGUUGUACUACCCUCACAGCGAAUCACCCAUCCCUAAGAGACUGAGCAAGUCUUGCCUCAUCCUAUCACAAAUUUGUCUGUGAAGUUCCGUUUUCAGUGGCGUAUGCUUUUGACUUAGCUGUUACAUGGAAAGGACUGUUUUACACUGUGAGAAGAGGGUGGGGGAAGCCCUUCUCAUCUGUAAUAUUUCUUUGGCUAUUUGUAUGUACUUUCUUGUUUCUAUGUUUAUUUUGUUUAAGAAGGAAAAUAUAAAUCCAUUUCUGCAGUAGUCUUCCUUGGUGCAACCACUGAGAUGAAUGUCUUUCUCUUAGUUGUCUUAGAUUUUCUUUGAGAAAACACAGACUAUCUCAUUUUAAUGACUUUGCUUCAUGUUUUGAUUGCUGCAAGCAGCAUGACUAUUUUAAAGUUAUUUGAAAGACUUGUGUAUUCAGGAAUUGAUAAAAGAUAACCCAAGUCUUCAAGCCUGUGGCUACCCUAAUGGUAAUUUAGUAGAUAGAAUCAUACCUCUUAUCUUCUUCCUCUAAAGAAAGAUCCCAUUAAGAAGGUGCAUGAAUGAUGAUGCUGUCCUGGGGAAGUAGUGCAUUCUGACAGAUUUGAUUGGUAGGCCUUUAAACAGGGAAGGUAGGUCUGAUCUGCGGGACAGGCAACUUUCUAAGUCUUAGUGUAUGGUUUAUCUUGUGAAGGAGCCAUUACAUCUUGAAUUUUCCUCUUUCCCUUUUAAUGUUCAUUUUCUAUAUGGGCUCUUGAAAGUUCCUUUUGUGAAUAUAUGCUCUCUAGGACGUCUGAGAGAAGAGGGUUCCUCAGAACGCAUGUGUGGUAGCCUGACAUUGGAAUGGGCGUUCCCAAUGAGGAGUAUGAGGAAAAUACUCUGGUUCCUUAGGACUGCAAAUUCUUCUACUGUGUAUCUCUUCUAUGUUGCUGUGCUUUUUUUUUUGCUUGUUUCCUUUUGCUAAAUAUAUUUAUUUUGUUAUGUUGGUGUUUAUGCAUAUUGCAGAGAAGGAUAAUGCUUCUCCUAGCAACAGAGUAGUUCUUUGGUGUGCUUUCUGACUGUGUCAUCUUUUCACUAGAAUUUGAAGAACGUAAGUGGUACACCAAACCUUUUCCACUGUUACCAGUAGGUACGUAGUGCGUAAAGGUCCAGGGAGAGAGAGAAGUUAAGGAGUAACAAAAGCAUUUCACUGACAAAAGCAGACCUCUCAGUUCGUUCAGUUCCUCACUGAAACUGCUACCAGAUAAAGAGCUGAUGACUAGACAUACUGAAGUAUGAGCUUCUGGAAAAGAUGCCCCCAUUUCUAAUACUCCUUUGGUCUAAGGUCUGGAUCCUUUCUUCUUCUUGAUUGUACAUCUGAACGUCCACUCUCAGAUGUCAUGCCCUAAACUGUUACCUGUCUUGGGAUGGCAUCAAGCUACUUCAGUCUGGCAUCCAGGAUUUCGGUUACAACUCUGAGCUAGUCACAGUUGAUGCAGAUUCAAAACUUGCUGCUUUCUGUUGGGAGAUUGCUGUCAUGUAGUGGGAUAAUCAAACACUUUCAGAGCAAUAUAUUGCUUAUCAACAUCAGCAGCAAUAGCUGGGAUGGAGUGUGAAUGGGUUACGGAACAGGACUGUCGCAGAGGGACGGUGCGCUGUUUAACUCCUGCAGAUCUAUGGAUUGCACGAUCAGUCUGACACAUGCUGUCUCUCACACAUUUAAUCUACUGUGUUAGUGCUUGGUGAGCCUUAGCAACAACUGUCAUGUAACUUUGCAGAGGAUGUAACAGGCAAGUUAAUAAUUCAGCCUUCUCCCCUCCCCCCAAUUUAAGUGUUUUUUUUUCCCAAAGGUGCUCUGGCUAGUCAAUGUUUUGCUUCCUGCUCUUAUUCCUUCUUCCCUCCUGCCAGUCCCUUUUCCUGUAACUUCACGUACUUAGACACAUACCUUACAGCAACAAGGUAAUCAUAAACUA